AUGGGUGUGAAGAAUUUCUUGUACACUGCUGCGGCACUCGCCCCAGCCGCCAUGGCUCAGGGCGCUGCUUACGCACAAUGUGGUGGAACCGGAUUCAGCGGAUCAACCAGCUGUGUUUCUGGAUACACAUGCACAUACAGCAACGCAUACUACUCUCAAUGUCUUCCCGGCUCUGGCUCUGGAUCUUCAGCAUCGCCUUCUCCAGUGCAAACUUCGAGUGUUGUCGGAACUUCAUCUUCACCCAGCUCGCCUACCAGUAGCGUUCCUGCUGGAAGCACAACUGCGGCUGCUGCAGGCAAUCCAUUUUCGGGCGUGGCCCUGUAUGCCAAUCCUUACUACGCCUCCGAGAUCUCCACUUCGGCUAUCCCAUCUCUUACUGGUGCCAUGGCUACCAAGGCAGCGGCUGUUGCCGACGUACCUACCUUCGUCUGGCUAGUCAGUGAUACUGCGGCCAAGGUCCCUUUGAUGGGAACGUUCCUUUCAAACAUCAGAGCAGCGAACGCAGCCGGUGCGAGUCCACCUGUAGCUGGAACAUUCGUCGUGUACGAUCUCCCCGACCGUGACUGUGCUGCUUUGGCCUCCAACGGAGAGUACACCAUCGCGGACAAUGGUGUUGCAAACUACAAAGCAUAUAUCGAUGCCAUCAAGGCCCUUCUGGUCACUUACUCCGAUGUCAAGGUUAUUCUCGUCAUUGAACCCGACUCCCUCGCCAACCUUGUAACCAAUCUCUCAGUCCAAAAAUGCGCCAAUGCCGAAGCUGCUUACAAGGAAUGCGUCGAAUACGCCAUCUCGAUACUCAACCUUCCCAACGUCUCCAUGUACUUGGAUGCUGGCCACGCAGGAUGGCUUGGAUGGUCUGCCAACAUCGGACCUGCUGCCACUCUCUUCGCAUCAGUCUACUCCGCUGCCGGAUCACCAUCUCAGGUCCGAGGUCUCGCCACCAAUGUUGCAAAUUACAACGCAUGGAGCAUCGCCACCUGCCCCAGCUACACUCAAGGAGACUCCAAUUGUGAUGAGCAGAAGUAUAUCAAUGCAUUGGCUCCUCUCCUUACCAGUGCAGGUUUCCCGGCUCAUUUCAUCAUGGAUACUUCCCGAAAUGGUGUCCAGCCAACACAGCAACAGGCUUGGGGAGAUUGGUGCAACGUUGUAGGCACCGGCUUCGGUGUCCGCCCAACAACCAACACCGGCGACCCACUCGAGGACGCAUUCGUCUGGGUCAAGCCAGGUGGAGAGUGUGACGGUACAUCAAACACCACCGCCACUCGAUAUGAUGCUCACUGCGGUCUUGCUGAUGCUCUUAAGCCAGCUCCCGAGGCUGGUACCUGGUUCGAGGCAUACUUCGAGCAGCUUUUGACCAAUGCCAAUCCAACUUUCUAAACAUUGCAUGAUACUAUACAGGGGAGAGGCUG